AUGUCAUCAUAUGAAAUCGUAUGGAAACAAGUCUUGGCAAAUAAAAUGGGCAAAAAGGUGAAGUUUUCCUUUCCAAAAACAUUUUCCCAGCACUUCGUAUUUGUGCUUGCUUAUUUAAUGUCUCACGUCCCAGAACAAGAUAACCGGGAAGCCUACUUUUCACGACCUUUAAAAAGCUACACAAAAAAAGCGGAAGAAUAUCAAGCUUGUUUAAUUACUAUUAUAUAUGGCGAAACAUAUUUGGAUCCAGGAAAAGUUAAAGUUAGAAGUUUUGAUCUAAUCAAAGCAAUUGAGGUAGGACAUGAAAUAAUCGAUUGUCCGGGAAGUGCUUUGAUAGGAUUUCGCACUUUGUUCAAGGAAUUUAUUGAUCAAGCAAAGAAGGGAAAUAAGAAUAAUAAAAAGCUAUCGAAAAAGCUUCAUAACUUGUGGGCUAAACUUGAAGAUAAAUUAUAUUCCAAAGUCGUUGCCGUAAAGACGAACGAUGACGAAUUAUAUUCAGAAAGAUUUGGACUAUAA